AUGCCGGGGGAUCAAUUAUUCGAAGAUUAUGAUCCAGACAUGGAAGAUAUUUUUGGAAUCAAGGCGAAAAUGACACCGAAACGAGCAACAGUCACUGAAGAGCAGAAAACAGAUCCUUUGCGAAAACCCAAAGUCGAACUGCAAGGACUUUUGGUGGCAGAGAAACAACCUAUCACUGCAAAAGAUAUCGAAAAGCGUAUGAUGGAAGAAUACGGUCAGUCCAUGGACCCAAAGAAAUACGGUUGUAAAACGAUGGACGAGCUACUGCAAGCAUGUUCCGAUACAGUAGUCCACAAACGACGUCAAGAUGGAGUUCAUGUCUACUGUGCAAGAGUCAGUGAGGCAAACCAGGAUAUCAUGGAAAUGGUGCAGCAACAAACGACAGGCCAUCAGCCUAAGAGAACGGCAAAAUCAUUUUUAAACAGUGGAAGAUCAAAAGCGUUUGGAAAUCACGGAUCAUCUUUCAGGCAAUACAAAAGCCUAGGACAGGUUUUGGAUGAAAGUAGUACAAAAAGUACAAAAACCACUCCUGAUCAACAUAAAGCAAGAAGCAAGUUGGGUCCCGCGAAAACGGUCGCCCGUCUGAAGAACAUGGCUGAACUUUUGCGUGAAUGUCGCACUGAAAUCGGCAAAUCGCAUCCGGAUCAUCCAAAUCGCAUCAUCGUCACAUUGGGAGCUCUGAUGGAAAAGUUCAAACAAGUAUAUGGUUUACCAGCAUGGGGAAAAAACAUGUCAGAGAGUGAUCUUUAUUUACAAAUCAACGUUCCUGAGUUCUCUGGAAUCCUAAAGUUUUGGCGUCUACGCGAUGAUGGAGAUGUCUUUGUUGAAGAAGAUGAACCGGAGAAGCAGUUAUUCAUCGCGGAAGAGAGCACACCCUCUCAACAAGAAAUCCCUCCUUCCGAUCCGAGAGCCGACAAGGAAGAAGUGAAUGAGCCUGUUGCCGCGGAUCCGACGUACGAAAACGCCGACUCUCCUCCUCAUUCCGACCAGUCAUUCGACGGAUUCAGCAGCAUCAGCUCACAAGGUUCAAUGGUGCAACUUAUUUCCGAAGCUCUACAUGAUCCUCUCUUCGAAUCUGGACCAGGGUUCGGAGGAACGCAACAAUCGCGGCCAACGUCGCGAAACUCAACUACAGUUUCUGACGCUGGUCAACGCUUGGGAAAUGUAUCGUUGAGAGCUCCAUCUACAAAUGAAACAUUUUUACUGAAUAACCGCCAAGCAAACGGCAGUGAAGAUGCUGCUCGGUCAACUCUUUCUGUACAGUCGAUGCGUCCAGUUAGUGUUCCUUUUGGUCCUCGUCGUUCAAUCGUGCCUCAAAACUCUAUGAAACUUCUUGUGGAAUAUGUUUCCAGUCGUGGAAGUGUGAAAUUCGACUCUCUUCCAUUCGAAGAUCAGAACCUAGUGAAUUUCAAUAGCGACAUCUUCAAAGUAAUCUCAACGAAGCCUGGCGAAGUUUUUGUAGCUCUUGAUGACCCAACUGUGGACGCAUCGACUGUCAAAGACGGAAACAGCCUCCGUUGUCCUGUGGAAGCCGAUCUUCGUUGGAUGUCGGAGUUUACCGAUUCCGUGAAACGCGGUCGUCGCUACUUCAAGCCGGUCAUGUUUGUGCCACCUCGUGGUUUUCUGUUGAUGCUCAGUAGCCCAGAAGAAGAAGAUUUAAAUACCGAGAACAAUAUGGAGAAAAUCGAAGGCUUGCUGUGCGGCGCAUUGUCUGAAUCAGCCAAAGGAAUUGAACGACUCAAUGUCCGUCCCGGAAUGGCAGCUGUCUAUGUUUAUCGACAAGGCGCUGUAGUCCGUUACUAUCGAGUGUUGGUCACUGGAAAAGCUCAAGAAGACGGAGAUUUGAUGGUUUUGCUUGCCGAUCACAGUGACCAACACAUUGUGGAUGUUCAAAUUUCGAACCUUUUCGAGUUACCAGAAAAGGCCAGUUUUCGUCGAUACGCCCCAAAUGUCAUUUUCGCUACAUUGUAUGCGACAGCUGGUUUCACUUUGGACGAGCAGGAAAUCGUUUUCAAAAACUUUGAUGAUGAGGAACGAAAAACAUUCGUCGUUGGAUUCAUCCCUAAAGACAACUCGGUCAGUUCUUACUUUUACAAAGUUUUUUGUGAAGCAAUAUUCUUUCAGAAGAACUUGAGCAUCGAUAUGAUUCUUGAAUAUGAAGAAAACGGAGAGCUAUAUUGGUUUUCCCAAAUCGCGAAAAACCGUGGAGCAAUUGUUUCGUCGGAUUUCAACUCUUCUCACUUGUCGAAGUCACCGCGAGAAACAAUCAAUCGUUACGGUUCAGGAUGUUAUAUGGUAUUUUCCACAUUCAAACCGGAUAAUGUUGGUGAAGCUACUCUAUCGCCUGAUCAGUUUCGACAAUCGAAUGGAUUGAACUCCGAAGCAAACGUUGGACAAACUAUUGCACAGUUUGUCCCUUCCAUGGAUCGGGCAUUCAAUCCACGGAAUCUCGACGCAUAUGCAUUGUUUUCAAAGUUAAUAGAGAAAAAAGACGGAGAAGCAGUUGGAAAUAUGAUUCAUUUCGCUCGGUCCGUCCAUGCAUCUUUGCAAGGCAACUCCGAGUGGGCUCAUUUGAUCGCUUUCAUGGAGGAACUGUGUGAACGCUACGAUUUCCGCCUUUAG